AGUUGACUGGUUGUGGUGUAGGUGAAUCAUAAGCGCCAUAACCCCCAAGCCUCGUCUGCGAAGGUGGUGCAGGCGUCUAUAGUGUUUUCCCUGCAAGCUGAGGUGGCUGAGGUGCAGAGCGACGCCCCUUGACAAUGCCAGACAAGAAGCUUUGAUACGAAUAUUGGGCUCAGACAUGAAGAAAUGGUCUUGAGAAGCAUUUGUAUUGGUCUUUGCUCUCUAAUAGGUUUAUAUGGAGUUUUUGGUCAAGAGUUCGUGAUAAAAGAUGAAAAAACAGAAUUUGUCAACAUGUAUGAAAAUGUGACCCUACCUUGCCCCCACAGUCAGAAAAAGACAAUGUGGCAUAACAUAGGAAAGCCUCGAGGAGAAACAGUGUUAUCCAACGGGUCACUUUUCAUCAGUAAUGUGACGGAACUCAACUCAGGACUCUACAUUUGUAUUGGGCAGCAGGAUGACUCCGUGAUCUACUCUGUCCGUCUGGUUGUUGGAGUGCCCCCUGAUCCCCCGGAAAAUGUGACUGUCCGAGCUUUGACCAUCUGUGUGGUGGUGACAUGGCACCUACGUCUGGAUCCCCAGUGGGAGGAGGAUCCCUCAGGGCCACGCACCACAUUCCACCUGCAGUACCAACCAGAAGACUCCCCCACCUGGCGAAAACUUCCCUCACACAUCAGUCCAACACAGGGUCAGGUGGAUGUGUGCAACCUGAGUCCCAAUACCACCUAUGAGUUCCAGUUGUGGACUUCCAACAGAUUUGGCAAAAGUGAAACAGUGUCAUUUGUUGCCACAACUCUCCCUUCAUUCUCAGAAGUUGAGCAGGCCAAGAGGCUGGAGGGCUUGCUGCAGGACUUCAACCCACUGGUUUGGGUGGUAGCAGUAGUGAUAGUAAUGGUGGCUACUAAUGUGCUGGGUGGCCUCCUACUCCUUGCUUAUUACUUCCAGCACAGAGUUAAAAGAUCAGGUGACUCAGAAGAUACAGAAAAGAUCGAGCUUGUUCCGCACAUCAUUGAGAAUCCUGGCUAUCAGAUGAAUGGCUCAUGCAGCUUGGAAACCAUUCAUGAGUCCCUCCUUUCAUCUUCAUCAAGUUGCCAGGGUGCUGCUGCCAUGUUGUAGGUGUGAGCCAAGCAGAGAGGUGUGCUGACUCAAUAACUUAUAAAGGUGAGGCAUUAAGCUGAGGUGUGUAGCCAAGAAUGUGUAUGACCAUGGAAGGUUUUCUUCUGAUAAGUGUAUUUGUAAUUUAAGAUGAGAGUGAGUGAUGGAUAGUACUGAGAAAGGAUGCAUGAAAGUGAUAAGAUAGGAAGCUACCAAAAUUAGGUUAAGUCAUUACUAAAAGUUUUAUCAUUUCUAUAUUUCCCUUUUUAUUAGAUAUUUAAGUAUCUCUUUGCAGUAUUUUCUUUCUCUCCCUGAUAUUUAUAGCUUUAUUUAUGUAUUUAUUUAUUUAUCUAUUUAUUUAUUCUGUACAACAAAGAAAGUAAACUACUAAAGAGAACCAGUUGGUGCUUUGAGUUGGUAAUGGAAUGCAGGAUGGCUCAUGUAUGACCAUGGAAGGUUUUCUUCUGAUAAGUGUAUUUGUAAUUUAAGAUGAGAGUGAGUGAUGGAUAGUACUGAGAAAGGAUGCAUGAAAGUGAUAAGAUAGGAAGAUAAGUCAUUACUAAAAGUUUUAUCAUUUCUAUAUUUCCCUUUUUAUUAGAUAUUUAAGUAUCUCUUUGCAGUAUUUUCUUUCUCUCCCUGAUAUUUAUAGCUUUAUUUAUGUAUUUAUUUAUUUAUCUAUUUAUUUAUUCUGUACAACAAAGAAAGUAAACUACUAAAGAGAACCAGUUGGUGCUUUGAGUUGGUAAUGGAAUGCAGGAUGGCUCAUGUCUGCUGCAAAAAAAGGAAAAAAUAAAGAUAGAAAGAAAAAAUAUAUAUAUGAACUUUUAAAAAUCAUUCUGCCAAAGGUGUUGUUUUCAUAUAAUGAUACAAGGGUUUUUUUUAUAUGCAAGGCUGAAAACUUUAAUAUAUUUUCAUGUAUGUAAUGUAUAUAUCAUUUAGUUGUAAGAGUCAUUUAUAAAGUUGGAUAUAAUUUCCAUGACAGGGUGAGCCAGGGUUUGGUAUGCUGGCCCACUGGGUAUGUCUGUGCUGAUGGGGGGGGUUUGGUGUCUUGUGGAACAGGUUUCUCUCUUCAAUGACUUAGGCUUUGUACGAGGCUUCUAUUGGUGGAUUGCAAAGGGAAGCAAAUAUUUUUAUGAAUCGAAUAGGUAGGUUAUUUCCAUUUAUUUGUUUGAUGGAUCUGGUCAUUUGAUAUUUAAGUGUAACUGAAUUGUCAGUCUUAAUGGUAAAUGUUUGUUGGGUAAUUGUUGUGGUCAUUGUUUUGUUAGUGUUGGAUCACUUCAACCAUUUAAUGCUUCAUUUUAUAUUGUUAUUAUUCUUUUAUAAGAUGCACAAAAUAUGUGUUGUAACAAAUGUACAUUUCAACUGCUGAAUUUGUGAAUGAUUAUUUUACUCUAUUACUGGUAUUGGAAACUUGUGAGCUUUAUCUAAAGUAAUCUCAGCUUACCACAUAGAUAGUUGCCUACAUGUAGUCAUGAUGUAAUAGUUAAUGCACUGUCAUGUUUAUAUUGUGAAAAAAAAAGACAGUAGUAUGCUAACAAGGAAUUGUGGGCCUUCCCUUGCAUCGUGUGACAAAAAAGCUCAUUACUUCAAAGAAACCUAUAGUCUACUCAAAAUGAAGUGUUCAUUUAGCACCUUGACUGUGUGCUUCUGAUUGGCUGGAUUCUUUUUGUUCCUCUUGUGGAGGUUGGGUGCAACUCACAUUGGUAAGAUAUGUUCCUACUAUUUGCCUUAGCUUACCUCUUGUAUAAGACAUGCCAUUGUUUUGACAUCAUAAGAGAGAACAGUGACUGUAAGACUCUAAUGUGAUUGUCAACACUCAGUAACACAAAACAUGAAUGACAACCAUAAAAGGUUGUAUUUAUAGUUUUGUAUUUUAUUUGUUAUAUAACAUUGUGUAUGCAAUAUUUAUUGAAUCAAUGCUGGAAUUACUGAAUUUGCUUUGUAAAGAAAAGUUCAGUAAAUACAGUAGUGUAACCAGAUCACAGAUAGAGACAAAAUGUAAGCAAAACAUUUAAACAUUUCAUAAUAGCAUGUGGCAUUACUCUUCAGUAUUCCUGAAGUGAACAUGCUGCAGCUAACAUAGCAUAUGUAUACCAAUAUGUAGUGAUGCUUAAAAUGAUAUGUAUGAGAAUGAGGGAAGUAUCCAGCCAUCAAGGAGACACUUGACAUCAGAUGAACUCUUCAUUUGAACAGACCACAGUUUGACCUUGAGCUGUGAAGGAAAGAUUGUUUGUGUCGCUGUAUGUCAAGGCUGUAUUUAUAUAAUGGAUUCUCAUUGUGUAAUUUGUGCAUCUCAAGUAAUGGAGACUAUAUUAAAAAUUAUCUAUCUAUUUGACAAAAAGGAUGUGAUGAGGAGGAAGGUAACUGAGAAUCUCACGUUUCUUCUGGAAAUAUGCCGAAGAAUUGUAGUUUGGUUAUUCAUGUUAAAAAUCUUAUAAUGCAGAAGUGUACCUUUGUAAUGUGUAUAGCUGACAGACAUCAGCCGCUGACUUAGAUUCUGAGCUAGUCAGUACCUAUUUAUCCAUUGAUAGUCAUUUGAUUUGUCAUCUAUUCAAUGUAUCAGGUUUCUGUUGAAUUUAAGAAAUGUUUCAUUGUACUCAUCUGUUUUAUGUGAAGUUAUUUUAAUUCCACUUCCAAGUCCUUCCCCUCAUAAGUUAACAAGCAGUUUUUAUCUGAAAUUAUACCACAUAAUGAUAUUAAUUUUCUGUAUUAUAAGCUUCAUAUAUCUAUCUAGUUUUUAGAUAAGUGAACCUCACUCAUUCAUAAGUGGAUCUCUUUGUAUUCAGUAAACAAACCAUGUCACUAAUAUCAUUGUCAUCACCACCACCACUUUCACAAAUAUUAUUGUCAUCAGAUCUCAGUCUCAGGCAAUGUGAAUGGAAAACUGUAAUGGGGAGUCUUAAGAUCAUAGUGAAGCACUAUGACAGUGCUGGUCCAGUAUUGGUUUACUGGAAUAAAAUUCAUUGCAUUAAAUCUUUGCAGUAGAGAAUAGAAUGGAAUCAGAUGUACCAUCUCUGGUAUGUUGUUGAUGCCACUAUAUAUGGCAGAAUAUUUCCACAAAUCAAAACCAGUGAAGAUUUAGGAAUGUUAGUUAAAAGAAUGGUGCACAUAGUGGCCCAGCAAGCAACAGCCCAACAAGCCUCACUAAGACAACAUUAUUUGUCUCAUGGUUUUGUUCCAGAACAGUUUUUUGGUGCUUUAAUGUAGUUGGACCUUACACUUAUCAAGUAUUAAGGGCCUCUCAGAAAAUGUUAUUUGAUGCAAAGUUAUUGGUUGCAAAUAUGAGUACAUAAACAUUUGACAAUAAUUAUGAUGGUAAUUGAAAUAGAUUUGAACCUCUUAUGUGGAUAGCUCACUUGCAAGUAAUGAAUGAUGUGCAUGUAUGGCUAAAGAUGGUAUGAGAGGAAGGAGAGAAGGCUUCUCUUCACUGUCUCUGACACCACCAUCCUUCUCUCUUGUCUCUCUGUUUCUUUCAAUGUUUCCCUUAGUUUUGUUAUCUUUUUGCCUUUCAUUUCCAAGAUUUGUCACAACGUGUCUUACCUCACAACAUUUAUUUAGAUAUCUGGUAAUAACUAUUUGUCCUCUUUUUUUCACUAUCCACUGAUAAGUUUUACCAAAUUCUUGCAAGCCAGAGCCAAGAACAGAUUGAGGAGGGAAGAAGCUGGGAGUUGAAGAUCCGAGGAGGAACUGGGGAGUGGUUAUAUGAUGUCAUGAGCUUGUCUAAGCUGGCAGAUUAUUUAUACUAUAUUAGAAACAAAUUUAAAUAGAGGUCCAAAGCGACAGUGGAUGCAAAUUCAUUAAAUCAAAACAAAUAAGAUUUAAAAAAUCUUAUUAUAAAUUGGUACAUUAUAUUGAUGAAGAGCAAUGAGUUGCCCUUUGCUUGCUUCAGGUGUAGCCUGAAUUCCCAUCUGGAUGACUGUAAGUGUGGAAUUUUCUUUUUCAUGCUUCUCCUUUCAUUUUUAAAAUAUUGUUGUUGUACUACAAGUAUGCUGUGAGUGAAUAAUUCAGAUUUCAUGUGUAUGUGCUUUCAUAUUACUAUAUAAGUUUUAACUGCAACUAAAAUUAUUUGUUUGAUGAAACAAAAUUAAAAAAGAUAAUGCCAUAAUUCAAGAUCAAUAAAACUGCAGUGUCUCAAUGGAAGGAGUACUUUGAGCCUGAAUCAGUACUUCAGCAGUGUGACUCAUUUGUUGGGAAGCAUAAAGUGGCAUAAUGCUGCCCACACCACUCAUUACAAGAGAAAGAACAUUAAGAUGAGUCAAAUGCCGAACACCAUUACUGCAUUUUGCUCAAGAUAUAACACCCAAAUUUUAUAUAUAUUUUUUUAUUUAACUUCAUCAACUCAAAACCACCCAAAACAAAGAAAAUUGCUGCAAAGAAGAUUGCUAAUACUUUUUUCAAAGAGCCACCAGGUCAGUGUUGGAAGACCUCAUUCAGUGGAAAACUGUCCAUGUGUUUCUUCCAGUUGUAAUUACCUCCUAGUGUUAUUGGACUGGGCAUGUAUCGCCCAAAACUAAUCAGCCAAGGUUGGGUGUACAAUGAAACAAGAGAUUUUGAUAGUGGAAUACCAAAAAAAUAAUGAGGCUAAACUAAGGACACAUACAUGAGUGCAAUAUUCAACCAUGUGAAUUAGAUUUGUAAAUUUAUUCAACCUCUUUGCAAAUUGCCAGUUAAUGAUUUAUCCACUGUGUAGCAUGUUCCCAAUGAUAGAUUGUUACACUGAAAUAAUAGGAGUUGGCAGCAAGUCAACAAAGUUUCUAUAGUAAAUUUGAUUAUUAUGGCUCUAGGGUGGAAUUGUACAGCUGAUGGUUGAAAAUAGAGAGUAUUGAGACAUGCAGAAAUAUGAUUGCCUCUGACAUCUUCCUCAGUUUCCUACAUGAUGCAUUACUUUAUUUAUCCUCUUAAUUGUUGUGUUGAAUGAUGUGAUUGAAUGUAUAACAAAACAUUCCUCUGCAUAUCUUCCUACAUAUCUAAUGUGAUGAAGACAUUGAAUAAUCAUUUAGCAGUACAAAACUAUUGGUCUUCAGAAAAUGUUCAUGAACAUUAAUGCUUAUUUUGAAGACAACAGUUUAUACCCUGUGUGUUUUCAGUAUUGAUCAAUGUGUGUGUGUGUGUGUGUGUGUGUGUGUGUGUGUGUGUGUGUGUGUGUAGUAAGCAAUAAUUAAUGUUACAACAAGUCUAGCGGCAUUUAGUCUCUGGAUCAACUUGAGUGGUUUUUGGUUUUUAGUUUAAGGAGCUGCAUGCAUACCUCAGUGACACUUCUGUCCUUUCAUCACUAGUUCUUAUUUUCAUGUGACAUUAAUUCUUUGAUCUUUUCCAACUUAAAUUAUGUAAAUAAAAAAUGCUCCUAAGCUCUCUUCUGAACAAGAAAAUAAGCUUAAGAUUAAUCAUGGUGUGUUUCUUCUGCUUCAGAAGCUUUAAGGUUUGUUAAUGUUGUUUAUAAUCAGGAGCUUUGCUGUCUCCUCAGCAACAACCUGUGUCUUGACGUUAAGGUUCUUCUGUCAAACCUUCCUCAUUACUCGUUCGUUUUAAUGAAUUGCAUUUCAUGACUGAAAUUGAAUGCUAAGUCCUCUGUGGCUUUAUGAGAGCUACUUGAAUGUAUAAUUGGUCCUUACUUUUUAAUGUUGAAUGAAUGAAAGCUUUGAUGGCCAGUUCAUGCUUAAUAUUGACAGAGUACAAAGCAAAAUGGUAUGCACAGUCAGAGCUGGUACUAAAGCCAUAUGUCUGAUGAAUGAGAUGAAGCAAGGAGAGAACCUGUUACAAAGUUUAUGAAUUACAUCAUUGAUUAUGAGUGUGUGUAGGUCUGAUGCAGGCUUCACCUUACAUUGCCCUCAAUUCACUAACAAUAUAAAGAAUGGCUGAUUACAGAAGUGAUAGUUUGUGAUGACAGUAUAUGUGGGGCUACAAAGUUCACCCCUUAUAUAUAUCAAUAAAGACAUACUGUGAUAAUAAAGGGAUUUCACAAUUUAUGCAAGGGACACAUUCCUGCAUGAAUUGCAUGAAGUGAACAUGAUUACUGAACUAAAUUGUACACCAUUAGAGGUUCCACUGCAUAUAUAUAUAUAUAUAUAUAUAUAUAUAUAUAUAUAUAUAUAUAUAUAUAUAUAUAUAUAUAUAUUCAUGAACCAAAACUAUUUUCCCCAUAGGAAUCAACUUAAAAUUGAUUAAUUCGUUCCUGGAAGGGCUGCAUCUGAGAGAGUGACUGAGCAUCCACCCUGCUGUCCCUGCAGCACGUAUCCUAUAUGAAAGGUUUUUGUGCACUUCUCAGCUGGAAUAAACAAAGGAUAAUCAUUGCUAUAGUAACAGUGUCUAACUGACAGCAAGACUGCACACUCUAACCUUCCUGAAGUCAUUUAUCAUGCAUCACUAGCUGUCCUGAAAGUGAAGCAAUCAGCUGUGAUGACAAUAUGGCGGCCAAACAAACAUAUCACAGAAUCUCAUGAUUCCCAAGAUUUGACAUACCAGCAAAGCAUCUUGACAUCAUGUCAUUCUAAAUAAUUUACAUAGUUUGAAAAAAUUACCAGGUUUUUUACCUCAUGUUAUCUCAAAAUUACAUAAUCUGAGCAUGCAUAAAUUGAGAAAUACUUGUAUGUAUCUAGGCACCAAAUGGCAUUAAGUGUCUACAACCAGUGGGAUUAUAUUGGUGUUAGUCAUAAUGCUAGAUUGUGUUUCAUAGACCUCUUUGCAACUAGCAUGGUUGAUUGUCCUGAGGCCAAAACUAACUCCAUUAGUGCCACAUAGUUACAUGUUAGCUUGUUUAAAACUUCUCAUUGAUUUUGUCUAUUUUAUCAGUUGGGUGUGAGGUAUUGAUAAUUCUUUAAGAGGAGCAAGAUGGAGGCAAUCUUAUGUGGGGAAAGGCUUGUGUGACAAUUGUUGGUGCUGGUUAUUGCUGAUAGCCAACCAUUUCAAACACUGUCUGCUUGGUGGCUGAGUGUGUAGCUCUUAACAGCUGGGCUUACUAUAGUCACUAUCAACUACUCGAUCUUGGCUGGUCAUGGAACAAUUGGACAUUGCCUCUGUAAGAGAUGGAGUAAUGAUGAUGAUAAUUCAUAUGUAAUAACCACAAAGAUUUAGUAAGGAUGCAUUUGUUUAUCAAAUUACUGUAGGAUCACCAUAUUUACAAGUACAUCCUCAUAACUCAUCACUUCAUGUACUAUAUGAAUGAGGUGUGAUAUUUCCCUGUUGUUAUGUGCUAUUACUUCAUUCCUUUGGGAGGUUCAGCAGCAUAUAGCAACUGUCACUUUGAUAGCAUGGGCAACAUGGGCCAUUCUGAUUGUACUGUGUUAGGCACACAACUGUCUCACUUUGUGUUUUGUACCCUUCUUGUGAGAAGUAUGCCACUGCACGUACUAGCAAGACCAGAAGGAGUAAUGUAGAUGAGUCUUGUGUGAGUUGGGUAUAAGAUAACGGGCUACAUUUUUAUCAUAAUAGAUCAGGAAGGUGGUGGUACUUCACUUCCCUCAAGUAACAGCAACCAGUUACAUCUGAUAAUUUGGCAAGUGUCUACAGUAAGAUUAACAGUUACUAUUGUCAUUGACAUACUAUGUGGUACAAGUAAAGAGCAAGAGUUUUGAAAUUUAAGCCAAAUAUGUUUGCAAUGAUAGACAGCCAUUCUUAGUGCAGGUUGGUGUAACCUGCCUAAUCAGGUAUUGCCACACUCAUAUUUCUUUGCCAUGCUUUCCUGCUACCUUUUCAUUAUUGACUGUGGUUAUUAGAAGAAAUCAAUCCAUAUAUGUUUCACAUGACUCGUGAAAUAGCUCAACUGUAUUAACAUAAAGAAUGUCUUCUAAUUAAAUUAUCUGUAUGUGAGAGAAUCUCGUCUGAAUACAAGGCUGUGUCUUAUGAAAUUACAUAAUUGCAGUAUA